AUGUCCAUAUGUGUUCAGAAAUCGGACAAGAGCAGUGAGCGCUUCUCCAACACCAUCUUCGAGGAAGUAAGCAGUGUUGCCUCGGCACUUGGUAUUUAUGCUAUCCUCAGAUCGGAGCUCAUUGUGAAGAGCGAGAUGGUGGAUGAUGAGGUGGAUUACCGGCAGCCGGAUGAGGAUCAGCUCAGCUUGGUGGACCUGUGCAGUUCUGAUGAAGAGCCGGAGGAUGGAGAGGCAUCCCAGGAUUAUAUUGAGCCGACGCCCCUGCGUAUUCCUGUACGGAGGUGGGGCACGCCUAGGCUUGGGAAAAUCGGGGAGCUCCCUGCGCGGCAGAAUAACCAGUAUAAAGGCUUCAUAUCGGGGCGCACGGAGACAAGCAGCUACAACAGUACGAGCCAGCAAGCUUCGGAUGGAAGCACUUCGUCAGCCGCAGUGGUGGACUUCGACGACCAUGCCAGCACACCCUCGACGUAUUGUCCUUCGGACAUCGGCUCACCAAGGGUUCCCACCUCCCCUGGAUACCCGAUUAGGUCGGCACCCAAUCUUGGCAGUGUUGGGUUGUGGAACGAUCACAAGUGUGAACGGCGCAGGAAACCGGUUACUUCGGCUAACGCGAUCCUGAGGCCUACCAAACCCAGCUCUCCUCCUAAUCUCGCGAGAAUUGGUCUGCGUGUAGAGUCACGAGGCCGCCAGACUCGCCGCCCAGUCAAUACCGCUGUCGUGCUGAAGCGUGCAGCAGCCCAACAGGGUAGACAGCUUGGAGACAGGUGCGACUAUGAUGAUCCUGAGUGCCCACUGCCGAAGGUUCCGAGGGAUUGGGAUGAAACGGAUCAGAGGUUCGCUUGUAAGGAUUGUAUCCAGACCACAGGGGACGACAGCUGGAUCUGCACCCUUUGUGGGAUCGAUCUGUGGAGUCCAGGGGAGAUCGCUUUCCAUGAGACCACAAAGCGCCAUCAGAAGGCAGCUGGACACAAGGUGUGGGAGAAUAUGGAGGCGUAUAUCAAAGAGAAGUACUCCAAGGACUUGAAUGAGCUUGGUGUACUCGAAACAGCGGCACAGACUUUGCUCUGUAAGAUUUGCGAUAUGCCUUUGCAGAGCUACUAUGAUGCAGCGAAGCAUGUGAAUUCGUCGAACCAUUUCGGUUACUCUCAACACUACGCGUGGUGGCUGGAUGCAAGAGCCAUAUUUACAGGAGGCGAUGUCUCAAGUGAUACCCAGUGGAGAGCUGUCACGACGUACCUCCUCAAGCACAUGCCGGACCCUAAGAGGCUGAUUGAUGAGGAAGGGAUAAUCCCAAUGGAUAACUCUUCGAGUAUAGCCAAUUGCUGCUUCCGAUGUGAUAUGUGUGGAGCCAAGUUAGAUUGUCUCAGCCGCGUACAGGAGCAUGUCGCGUCUCGAGGACACUUGAAGAAGAAAAGGUGGAACGAGUGGGAGGCUGAAGUCAGCUCUAGUAAGCGUACGCGCUUCGAUUAA